AUGAACGCUAUCGCUCGUGAACAGGCCAAGUCAGGACGCACACCGCCGUAUGACGACAUUAUUAUUUCCAUUUUAGGUGUUGGUACAUUUUCUCUCACCGAUAUCGGCACCAUGUUCGAAUGGCAUUGUGUCAAGAAGAAAUUUCGGCCACUCAAGCGUUGA